AUCAAGUUAAAAAAUCUACGAAAAAUUUGAUUAACUAGUUGUAAAUGAUUCUGUAAUAAUGAUAGUCAAUCAAUAACAAUUAAGCCUAAUUGUUUCAUCGACCAAGAAAUGGUUGAUUGUUACCCGAUUAUAUUAAUAACUGUACAAUUAAAUAGUUGACUCUUAAUUAACGUUAACUGUUAAAAUGUCAGUUAAUUACUUUAGUCUUUCAAUUCCGUUACAAUCAAGAAAAUUAACUUUCACCGAAAGCAAUUGCUCAACUAAUUAUGAUGAAAAUUCAAGUCCAGUUAUCUGGACAAUUAGAUUAAAUCAAUCACCAUUAUCAACAACAACAACCAAUUUAUCAUCACCAUCAUCAUCAUCAUUAUCAUUAUCAUUGUGUUCAAGUGAAACAAUUAACAUUCAGGAUAAGAAAUUGAUUAAUCACUAUAACCAUAAAUUGGUUCGACGAGUUGAUUCAAACGAUUCGGAUGUUGGAUGUGUCCUUCCCUUCCGGUUCCUGGACGAGCAAACAACUUAUUUCAAAGAUGGUAAAAGUAAAAUUGAUUACAUAUUAGUUUAUGAACAAUCAAAUCGAUCAACUGGAAAUUCAAUUACCUUUGAGACACACGAUGAAUCGGUGGUUCGAGUUCGUAAGGAGCGGAAAUAUCGUAAAUAUCGUGAACGUUUUAUCAACAAUCUACGCAAAAUUGGCCUUCUCAUCGAGGAGGAAGUCCUUUUGGGCGACACUAGUACCACGAACAACGGUGACAAUAAUAACAACAAUCAGCUGAACGAUGAAGAAAAUUUCCAACCCAAAUCAAGUCCGAAUAUUUAUUUUUUCAAGAUAUCGAUUCCAUGGCCAAUUCUGGCCCAAUACGCGGAAAAGUUUAACGUCCGUUCACCACUUCAGGCUUAUCCUUCAUUAUUCUACGAUUGGUCUGAGUCCAUUUUCCGUUUACUUCGUCUACCCAAUCCACUUCAUCUCGACGUUCCUAAUAAACCUUUACAGUAUUUCACUUGUCCUUUCAAGAUAUCGAAAUUAGAUCGUUACCUUGGUUCAGAUUCACCGGACACUUUUUUCACAACCACGCAGCGAAUUCGUUUGGUCAAUGAAAUCCUUCAGUCUACCGUUUAUGGUCAUCGGAAAAGAGCUCAAAUCGGUAUCGCUCGAAUGCUAAACGAAGACAUUUUCACCGGAGCUUUUCCCUUACACGAAGGAUCUUACAAAUGUCCAAACAAUUUCCUCGACCCAAGUGAACUCAAUAAGCGACAAGUUUUGUACCAAUAUUGGGCUCGUUGGUCAUGUUGGUAUAAAUAUCAGCCUCUUGAUCACGUUCAAGAAUAUUUUGGUGAAAAAAUUGCAAUGUACUUCGCAUGGUUAGGUUUUUAUACAAGCUGGUUGUUGCCUGCGGCUAUUGUUGGCUUAUUGGUUUUCUUGUAUGGAGUUGCAACAAUUAACCAAGACCUUGUUUCUAAUGAGAUUUGUAAAAGUGGUGACAAGUAUCGUAUGUGUCGGAAUUGUGAUGAACCAGGUUGUCCCUAUUGGAAUCUAAGUGAUACCUGUUUUCUGGCCAAAUUAUCUUACCUGUUUGAUCAGCCAGGGACCGUUUUCUACGCAAUAUUUGUUUCUUUCUGGGCUGUUACUUUUCUGGAAUAUUGGAAACGUAAAAGUGCAUCGUUAGCAUACCAUUGGGAUGUGAUGACUUUCGAAGAGGAAGAAAAAUCUCGACCUGAGUUUGUCGCUCGAGCUCCGUUUAUCAAGCGAAAUCCAAUCACUGGAAUUCAAGAGCCAAGUUUCCCGACUCGUAUUCGCUACCAAAGAAUGGCCGCUGGACUGGUUCUAAUUGUGUUAAUGCUUUCUCUGGUUGUUAUUUUUGUGGUCGCUGUUAUAAUAUAUCGUCUUCUCGUCAUACCGCUCUUCAUGGAUCCAAGUCUAUCUGGUUGGGCUUCGAUCAUCGCCUCAUCAACUGGGGCACUUGCGAAUCUUGUAUUUAUUAUGCUUCUAAGUCCAAUCUAUGAGAAACUAGCAUUCCGCUUGACCCGAUGGGAAAUGCAUCGAACUCAAACCGAGUUCGAAAAUCAUUUGACAUUUAAAGUUUUCAUCUUUCAAUUUUUCAAUUAUUAUUCAUCAAUCUUUUAUAUUGCCUUUUUCAAAGGUAAAUUUGUAGGAACUCCUGGUAAUUACUCACAAAUCUUAGGUCUUCGAAAUGAAAAUUGCUCUAACAAUGGUUGUCUCGGUGAAUUGGCUCAGCAACUUGCAGUCAUCAUGAUCGGUAAACAAAUUAUCAAUAAUGCCCAAGAGAUUCUGUGGCCUAAGAUGAAAACAUGGUGGCAUCGAAGGCGAACCAAUAUAACCUCUAGACGAGAGGGUGGAAAACAGGGAAUGACUCGGUGGGAGGAAGAUUAUUCUUUACUCCCUUAUGAGGGUCUAUUUGAAGAAUAUCUUGAAAUGGUUUUGCAGUUUGGUUUUAUCACGAUUUUUGUUGCUGCUUUUCCUUUGGCUCCUUUUUUUGCUCUGCUCAAUAAUUGGGUCGAGAUUCGUUUGGAUGCUCAAAAAUUGGUCACCUCAACUCGACGACCUGUUCCAGAAAGAGCACAAAACAUUGGCAUUUGGCUUUCAAUACUCACCUUUCUUGCUCAAAUUGCGGUCAUAAGUAAUGCUUUUCUCAUUGCAUUUACUUCGGACUUUCUUCCCAAAUUAGUCUAUCAAUUUGAUAAUAACUUUUCUCUUGAAGGUUAUCUCGAUUUUAGCUUAUCCUGGGCACCCGCUAAUACCACAACCUUAUCUUGCCGUUAUCGUGACUUCCGUGACUCUGAUGGUCAUCUAACGGUCACUUAUUGGAAGUUAAUGUUUGCUCGAUUUGCUUUUGUUUGUAUUUUUGAACAUAUCGUUUUUUCAGUCUCUCGACUUAUCGAUGCAAUUGUACCUGAUAUACCUCGACGAUUAGAGGUACAAAUCAAACGGGAAAGAUAUUUGGCCAAACAAGCGCUCGCUGAUUCUGAUACAAUUUUACAAGCGGCCACUGAAAAGGUCACUUCAACUUUAAUGAGACAAAUAUCACGUCAACCACAAUCAACUUAACUGCUCACCUAAUUUCCUCCUAAUCAUUGGAGUUAACGAUCAACAAUCUCAAUCAUAAUAAUCAAAACACAUUCGAAACAAAAAAAAACCUUCACAAUUUUCUUAGUAAACAACAACCAACGGAAUGAAUCUAAUUACUAAGUCCAAGUUCCUGCAACAAUUAGAACAACAAUUAUUCAUUAUUAACUGAAUAAUUAUCAAAUCGAUUGUCUAAAAUGAGAGAAAAUAACCAAAAAGGAAACGAGAAA